UGAGGGAGCCCUUUGCCGCCGCCUGGGCACGCCGUUCCUCUCCACCAGGGGCGCGUGGCCGUAGAGCACCAAGGAAAGGAAAAUAAAAAACAGCUUGGCAAAAGUCUGAAGGUUCUUCCGCUCGUGUGCAGAUGCGAUUGGUGGGGGACAGCGGCGGGGGGAGCGGGGCGGCGGGCUGACUGCCCGCACAGCACCCCACAGCGGCCCCGCGCUGCCCCGGCCCCGCCGCCGCUCCCCCUGUCCCGAGCAAACCGGGCCACGAGCCACCACCCCUCUGUUCGCCCGUGCACUUCACGCCUUUCCCCGUCCGUGCCGAGCUCAGGGAGGGAAUUCUGCAACCCCCUGGAGGCGUCGGGAACAGCCGCCGGAGCUCCCUCAAGUCCGCAAAAACUUUGUUCUCCCUUGAGAAAACGCGGCGUAUGAAGUUCUUCCCACGGGAAGAAGCCGCGGUUCCUACCGUCGCCUUCCCUCUCCCCGCGCCGGAGCGCAGAGCCCCGCGGCAGAACCGUGUGGUUUGGGUUUCCUCCCCCCGCCUCGCCCCCCUUCCACCUGAAGGAAUUUAUGACACAGAUGAAAACUGAAACGGAGCUGGAGCGGCGGCCGAGAGACGCAGUGAUGUCGCCGGGGGAUUAAACGGGGUGGAGGUGAUGUCACCGUGCCUGCACAGCAAAACGCACACAUACGCGCACACCCCCCACCCCCCGGAGGAGCGGGGCUGCCAAGGGAGCGCGAUCGGCCCCACGUCACUCGUGCCACUGGUAUAAAUGCGGUCCCGCGAUGUCCAUGGCUGUCGGCGCGGCGGCUCCCGCGACUUGACUGCAGCGGGGCUCCGGGAGGCAGCGCCGCUCCGCGCCCUUCGGCCGCCGGGACCCGCGGGGCGGCGGCGGGUGGCGGCGGACAAGGAGGAGAAGGAGGAGGAAGAGGAUGCUGCGCGCCUUGGUGGCGGUGUCCCUGUGGCUGCGGGUGAGCCCGCGGGCGCAGGGCGCGCCGUGCGAGGCGGUGCGCAUCCCCAUGUGCCGCUCCAUGCCCUGGAAUAUCACCCGCAUGCCCAACCACCUCCACCACAGCACCCAGGAAAACGCCGUCCUCGCUAUCGAACAGUACGAGGAGCUAGUGGCCACCGGCUGCAGCCCGGUCUUGCCCUUCUUCCUCUGCGCUAUGUACGCCCCCAUCUGCACCUUGGAGUUCCUCUACGACCCCAUCAAGCCGUGCCGCUCCGUCUGCCAGCGCGCCCGCGACGGCUGCGAGCCCAUCAUGCGCCGCUACAACCACAGCUGGCCCGAGAGCCUGGCUUGCGACGACCUCCCCGUCUACGACCGCGGCGUCUGCAUCUCCCCAGAGGCCAUCGUCACCGACGUGCCGGAGGAUGUGAAGUGGACGGACUUCACACAGGGUUUUAUGGUGCCAGACAGACCCCUGGAGCCUGACUGCAGGAACCGUGGCCAGGAGCGGUGCAGGUGCAAAAAGACAAAACCUACGCUGUCAACCUACUUGGCCAAGAACUACAGCUACAUCAUUCACGCUAAAGUGAAAAGCGUCGAAAGAGGGAACUGCAAUGAGAUAACCACUGUGGUUGAAGUCAAAGACAUACUCAAGUCUUCAAUGCCAAUUCCUCUGUCCCAAGUGCCUCUUCUUACAAAUUCCUCCUGCCAGUGCCCGCCUCUUCAACCAAAGCAGGAUGUUCUCAUCAUGUGCUAUGAGUGGCGCUCAAGGUUGAUGCUUCUUGAUGGAUGUCUAGUUGAAAAAUGGAAGGACCAACUAAACAGAAGAUUUAAGAGGUGGGAACAGAGACUGCAAGAACAAAAGCGACGAACUGCACGCAGUAAGAACCAGAAUUCGGGACGCAGUGGUCAGAGUGGAGCCCUGAAACCUCAAACCAAGAACACCAACCCAGUGAUCAGUGGCCCCAAAAAGGCCAUUAAAAUAAGAAAUGGCCAGAAAGAAAUCAACCCCAAAAGAGUAUAAGUGUGAAAUUUCCAAAAGGAAGGACUUUCCCUGCAUGACAAGGGUCACAAUCUGGCUUGGUCAGCAUGUUUUAUUAAUCUGGAACUCAUUGACUUAAAGAAUCAUGUCAUUUUCUACAUAGACCUCUUUGCUGCACUUUACUGUUCCAAGGUUUGCUUAUCCUUUCAAUUCACUGCAAGCCAUAGAAUAUAGGUUUGCACUAAUACAAGGAAGGCAUAUUCCAGCUGACCGAGCUUUAUCUUUGGGCUCUGAUUUCCCAUCUAGACAGAGCUAGCCUUGGCUGCCAGACAUUUUGACUCCUUGUACCAGUUGUCUGGUCUGCUUCCCUGCCAAAUGUUGGAGAGCUGCAUGGAGUUUCUGUCUGUCCUCAGCUGGUGUAAUAGUUGGUGAGUUAGUCUGUGAAUUAGCUGAGAGCUCACUAGACCUGGCAGCUGAGGAGCAGCAGAAGGAUGGUAACCUCUGGCAGAUAUCUCAGGCAGCGGUGGCUGCAGCUGCUGGAGCUGAACCUAUCUGCUAUUUGGAAUCACAGCCCUUCUUCAGAGUGUUCAAAAGCAUAGUUUACCAUUAAGCAUCUGGGUAUGCAUUAUAUGAUUAUUUUUAUGUGUGUGCUGAAAAAGUGCUUACAGUGAUAGUAUUUUAUCUUGUGGGUUUGUGUAGUAAAAAAUGCAUUCAAAGCAGACAAUUUUUUAAUUGUACUUCAGGCUGGCUUCUGUUGUUCUAAUUUCAAAUAUAUUUAAACAUCUAGUUGAAAAAUUGUAUUUUUUUGAAGAGACCAAUUAAAGUGAACAGAUCUGUAGAAUUCUUAAAAGUAACACAUCUGCUGUAAUAUAGCUUUGCUAUGAAAACUGGAAUAGGAGCUUUAUUCUAAAGAUAACUGACAGCUACUGUACAGUAUUAAGGAGAAGAUAGGGCUUCAAGUGGCUCAGUAAUCAUUUGGAUAACGUUUUAUCAUUUGAUACCAUAAUUCUUACCUUUCUCUGAGAUUAAAUAAAUGAAUAAAUAAAUCUGCCUUGUCCCUAUUAAUG